CAGCUAGGGGAUGCACAAACCUACUACCUACCAUUCCAUUCCUCGUUGGGCAAUCUCAAAUCAAAUUGCCCACAAUCUUCUUCUCCUCCUCCCCCUCCUCCUCCUCUUAUUCGUGUCUCCUCUCCAAGAGUAACUUGACCUCCCUCCCUCUCUCUUCUCUGCUCAUCAGAUCGAUUUCUUCUCUGGAGGUCUCAUCAUCUCAUAGCCACCAGGAUGGGAAGCAGAAACAACAUACAGGCCAAGCUGGUGGGUGCUUCUUGGGGAUAUGGGAACAGGCAAGACAAGUAUAGCGCUGAGAUUUGUCAAAGGCCAGUUUUUUGAUUGUCAGGAAUCUACAAUUGGAGCGGCCUUCUUUUCUCAAAUACUAUCGCUGAAUGAAGCAACUGUAAAAUUUGAUAUAUGGGACACAGCUGGGCAAGAACGAUAUCAUAGCUUGGCUCCCAUGUACUACCGUGGUGCAGCUGCAGCUGUUGUUGUAUAUGACAUCUCAAGCACGGAUUCAUUUAAUCGAGCAAAAAAGUGGGUUCAAGAACUUCAAAGACAAGGAAAUCCACAUUUGGUGAUGGCAUUGGUGGCUAACAAGGCUGACUUGGAGACAAAGAGGCAGGUGGAUAAUGAGGAGCUAGUCCCAGAACUUAUGGGUCAGGAUUACAGAACUGGGAUUAACACGAAUAACUUCAAUCGCAAAACAAAAAAGAAGAAGAAGAAGAAGAAGAAGAAGUCUAAAUCUGGAAGGAAGGUGUGUUAUAUGCUCAGGAGAAUGGGUUAUUUUUUAUCGAAACUUCAGCAAAGACAGCUCAAAAUGUCAGUGAACUCUUUUAUGAGACGGCAAAGAGAGUGGUGAAAGCCCGACCUACACGCCCAACCGGUACGAAUCUGCACACUCGAACACGAGAUAGGAGGAGAAGAAGGCUCUUUUGCUGUUCCACAUAAUUAAUGGUUGAAAGAAUAGAAGGCCUUCUCUUUAGAUUCGCUGGUCUCUUUUGCUAAUUGUGACCUUGUCGCAUGAUCUCGAAUUGCUUUCGAGCAUUUGUAAAUUCUUUGAGAAGGCUCUGUGACUCGAAUGUCUUACAAUGAAAUUCUUCGUUAUGAA